GAUGAGGCAACAAGGAAAGACCUUUUCACCGACACUUUCUGUAAGGUCUGCGGGGCAGUGCUGCAGUUUGAGUCUCAAAGGAUGUCACACUAUAAGGGCAAAAAGCAUGCACAGAAAGUUCGUCUUUACAUCCAAAUGCAUAGUGAGAAAGAUGAGAGGCAGGAGCAUGGCAAACAGAAGAAAACGGAUUGUAUCAAUUUUCAGGUGGAUGGGAGUGGAGUGCUGGACAAAAACAAAUACUGCAAUCUCUGCAACGUGAUUUUUACUUCUCCAGUUGUUGCUUUGUCUCACUACUUGGGAAAGAUCCAUGCUAAAAAGCUAAAGCAAUUAUCAGGAGACCAAACCCACAUGCCAGCACAGAGCAUGCAGCCUGUUUCUGCUUUGCAGAAGCCAUCAGCUGAGAAGCCCUUGCCGCCUUCAAAUGCUGAAGAGUCUUCGUCAUCCUCCAAUGCAAGGUUGAAGUUAAAUGAUCCAGACAAGUACUGCAAGCUCUGCUGUGCUCCCUUCAAUAAUCCACUUGUGGCCCAGCAGCAUUAUGUUGGUAAGAAACACAGAAGAAAUGAAGCACGGAAAAAGAUAUUGGAGGAGCUGGGAGACAAAGCUGUCCCUGCAGAAUCCAGCACAAACGGUUCCUUCUUUUCAGCAGUUGGGGUUGGUUAUUACAUGUGCCCCGUGUGUAACGUCAUACUUACAUCUAUAGAAACUUACCAGUCCCACGUGCAAGGAAAUAAGCACCGGAUUAAAGAAACAGUGCUUGUCAAUCUCAUGGAGAAAUCAAAGAAAACAUAUGACUCCUUUCAAGACGAAUUAACGGAUUACAUUCAAGUUCAGAAAGCUAGAGGUCUAGAGCCAAGAAGGUAUUUAGGAAAAGCAGAAGAGGAAGAGUUUCAAGAUAAAAACAUUGAUGGAGGAAGUGACCUUGGUGAGGUUAUAUCAUCAAACUUAAAGUGCGAACAAGGCCAGCAUUCCAGCCUUUUCUCAGAAACCCAGUCACCUACAAAUACUGGAGAAAAUAGAUCGCCAAGGUGGCCAUCAGCUUGUGAGCAUGCACUAGAAAAGACAGCUAAUUGUCACUAUAGCAAGGCAUACUGUAAAGAAGAGCAAGCAUCUGAGGUGACCACCAUCAGAGAUAAGAGCUUCAGCCUAUCGGCUGCAGAAUCUGAAGACUGUUACAAACUUAUGCUUGCUGAAACUUCUACCAGCUCCUACAGAAAAGAACAGAAAUCUCAGAUAAAAUAUUUUGAGGAGGAAAAAUACAUCAGUGAAGAGCUGAAGUAUGAGAAAGAAGCCACAAAGCAGAAAAGAAAGGAAAAUACUGAAGGUGCAGAUUUUGGAAGAGAAAAUCAGAAGCAAAAGAGAAUUAAAUUUGACAUAGACUUGGUAAAUGAGAAGAAAUCGAGACCUUAUAAAGACAAAAGACUUAAAGAAAACCCCAUUGAGAAAGAGAGCAAAAAGCACAAAAAGGGUAAAAAGAAGCCACAGUCAGAUGGCAAAAGAGAAGAGGAGCUACUUUGGGAUGAAUCUGUCUUGGGAUAUUGA